AUGAACUUCUUCUUAGACUAUGCAAUUUGUAACCGUGGGACAAGCGCCUACGCGCCCAAGGAGUACCAGCAUCUCGACCAAGGGACAGCUUCCUUCCCAGUUUGCUCAGGUACCACUCCUUCCUGUGACAGCUACCAUCCAGAGGGACGCUUCGGGGCAACAGGGGUGGGCACUGCAGGGCCCAACGCCCACCACAACCACCACCAGCAGCAGAGCCCCAACUAUCCUCCUCUUCCUCCCAACCCUGCUGGCCUUGGCAUCUCCUUCGCAGGAUCAUCUCAGCCAGGAGGAGGAGGAUACUCUGCCCCCAACUGCAACCCAAGCUUCACCAACCAGCACUUCUAUCUUGGCCCCCAAGAGACGGAUGGAGGCUAUUUCCAGCCUUCGGCCUACCCUGCCAGCAUGGCUCCUUCUUCAUCUUCUUCCAGCCUCGGGAGUUUAUCUGAUGGUUUCUGUGCCAUCCCGGGCCAGUUCCAGCCACACCUCUAUGGGCCUGAGCAGGGUGGCUAUUUGCAAGGGGCUUUUGGCAAUCCCUCCCCACCCUUACAGGAGAACAAAGACCCGCAGGCUUGCUCAGCUCAGCAAUGCCCCAUGGCUGCCACCGCCACCCAAACCUUUGACUGGAUGAAAGUGAAAAGGAACCCUCCUAAAACAGCGAACGCCUCCGACUACGGCUUGGUCGUCCACGCCAGCACCAUCCGGACCAACUUCACCACUAAGCAGCUGACGGAGCUGGAGAAGGAAUUCCACUUCAGCAAGUACCUCACCCGAGCCAGGCGGGUGGAGAUCGCGGCCACGCUGGAGCUCAACGAGACCCAGGUGAAAAUCUGGUUCCAAAACAGGAGGAUGAAGCAGAAGAAGAGGGAGAAGGAGGGUAUGGCCGGAGCCUCCGCCUACCUCAGCGGCUCUGCCAAGGAAACCAGUGAGGCUGCUUCGGACAGAUCGAGCAGAUCCUCCACUCCCGACGCUUCGCCCAGCUCCGUGUCCUCUUGAAGGG